AUGACCGCCGACGAAGCCACCUCCCUCGCUGCGGACGUAGCCAACAAUGCAACCAACUCUACCGGGACGUGGCUCACUCUCCUCGCUGCGGGACCCCGAGAUGCUCUCCUAUUACCAUUCCGCGUCGUGUAUCAAGCCGAAGUUUUCAUCAUCACACUGCCGCGUCAACUGGUCCGCUUCAUUGGGUUGGAUGCUGCGGUAUCAUCGUUGCUAGACGGCACGGCUGGGAUUUUCGGCAUUGGCGGCGGAGAUAUCGGUGACGAUGCAGCGGCUGCAGCGGCCGUUAUUGCUGCUAUGACAGCUACUGACGCGAAUGGGGCGCGUGUAGGAGAUGCAGCGGGGGGUUCUGCUGGUUCCGCUGGAGCAGGCUCGGGGUUUACAAUGGGAGACUUCAUGCCCGCUGCUUUAGUUUUGAACCGCGUCACCGUUUAUGCUUCUACCCGGCGGCAAGUUACCUUGAAGUGGCACAGGACGCUCGUUCUACGUAUAAUUCCGAUAAUCCUAUUCUCAACUCAGAUUCUUAAACUACUUCGCGCGAUCCGUUGCCAAACAUCUCCGGAGUACUCUACCCUACGGUAUGGCCAACCCGGGAAACCCUCAAGCUUAGAUUACGCCGGAGAAGGGGGACUUUUAUACAAUCUAAGCUCGUCUUUGCUCCAGUGGGAGGACGAACAGUCAUCAUGUAGCGCCUCAUUGAUACCUCCUGGGUCAGGCGCUCCCUACGGCUCAUUUUCGCUACUUUGGCCAGUUUUUAUUCGACUGUGCCUAAGUCAUUUUGUCGACACGUUGUCGGCAGCCCUCCAGGGAAGACCACUCGCUACCGAAGGUGGCAUGUCCAUCUUCGAACUUUCCCUUGCAUUUGCAGAAGCAGAGAUCCAGAUUGUCCGGUCCAUCGGGUUAGAAUUCAUUGGUCUCACCAAGUCUGGCGCAGGCGUAUCAGUCGAAGGCGCUGGACUCGGGGAGUCGCCUUCUAGUAUCCCCUUAUUCUCGAAAGAUCGUGUCUUGGAAAGACUCAAUGUUACACCUGAGCUUUUAGUGAUUGCGCUAAUAGCGUGCUGCAAUAGCCUGUCAACAAACAUCUUAGAUGUUUUCGGGAAGCAGAGCCAGUAUCGGCUCAUAAAUACGACAUUCUGGGGCCUUUGCUUUAUGGGAUCUAUGGUUUGGAGCUUCCUUAAAUCCUAUCCUGAUAGCAACGACGCUGGACUCUUGAACUUCCCCACCGUUUGUAUCGUUGGAUUCGUACCAUAUCUACUCAUGUUGGCAGGCAUUUUGACAUGCCUGGCGAUAUACGCUAUUGCUCUUCUCUUGACCGCGUACUCUCUUCCAUCCAGUCUUCCCUACCCCACCUCGUUCCGGGAGCGCCUUUCUCUUGCACAUGGAAAUAUGCAAGGUUCCUCCCAGAUCCAGAAUACCCGCCUCAAUAUGCAUGACGAUUUUUACGCUACCCUUGUUAGAAUAGGCUACGCUUCGUUGUCUGCGGCUAGUGAAGCUGUGUUUUUAAACGAAGGGAAAAGCGUAAUCGUACCCAAAAUGACAUGGCUGGAGGAAGAUAGGCUUGCAGAUUUUGCGGCCCGGAGAGAGAGAAGCGAUCAAGGGGCCUUGCCACGAGGUACUGAUCUUCAGCUCGAUGAAAAUUUUGAUUUUGAGAUCCCGAACCACCCAGGGCAAUGGGAAAGUGGGUAUGCCCGUGAGAAAAAAGUUGAAAGAGCCCAGUCUAGCUCGCGCACAAUGAAGAAACAGUCUGGCUUGGGAAGCGUCGGAGCAUUUCAAGGCCCAACCAGAUGCUAUCACGGCUUUGCAUUUUUCAAGGCAAUUUUCUUUGUGCUGGUGGGUUGGUGGGCGUUUGGGUUGGUAAAGCUGUUAGAUCACUUUAAAUUCCCCCUUAAACCUCAAUGGCUGGUACAUCUCGCAGGGGUGUUCCAACAAGCCAGCAAUGGGAGUGAAAUGGAACGCCGACCUCCUCUGGAUUUUUGGAUUUUAACGGAUGACGGGGUCCUGGAGCUGCCCGCAACCGACGAAUUUGACGUGGAAAAGGAGAUGAGGAAAAGGGAAAUGAUGGUCAAUGAAUCAUGGGGUGAAUCACAGGAGGAGCAGCUAGACAACAAGCUCUACAACUGGUGGAAGGUCGGCGGUUCUUGGGGAAACCAAGAUAUGACCGAAGAUUAUUCCCCUCCACCACAAGACUGGGAUACAACAAGUAUUGUGUCUACAUCAACUGCUGGGGAAAGCGACUGGGAGUCAUACGACUCUGAUGGCCGCCAGACACCAACUCAAAACAACCCAUUCCCAGGUUUAUCUGGUCAACGUGAAGAUACUAUAGACCUAGUAUCUCUGGCUCGCCUGCUUGACCCAAAGGAUAAAGAAGCCAGACACGAAGCGCGCAUCUUAUCAGCACAUAUCCUAGCAUCCAACGAAGGCAAGAUAAUGACACGACGCCGCUUUCAACAACAGUCGGAUGUCGAGCGUGCGAGAAUUUUGACAUCUUCUAACUCAUCUCGGCCAACUGGGACAACCAAGCAAAACCGUCCUACUUUGGAAGAAGAGUCCGAGAUCUUAGAAAAUUUAAUUCUUGAGCGGAGACUGGGCAUUGAUCGUGGAAAUACUCAUCAUCCGCCAUCCGAGAAUCCACAGACUUGGGCUACGGGAGCCUCAGGCCUUGGCCCGGACGGCCCGCAUUGUGUGACAUGCCGCCAGGAAGUCACAGGCUUUGUUCGACUAUGGGUUCCCUAG